GUGGAGUUUGAUAGGCUGGUGAAGAGGGGAACUGCAGCAGAGUAGCAACACUGUCAGGAAACAGAAGCCCACUACGAAUGCAACUCGUAUAAGCAGCUGCACGAGGGCGGUGUGUCUGUGUGAUUUACCAUGACAACUGAAUCAGGCGCCGACUCGGAGGCCAAGCAGCCACAGGAGAACAAGGAUACAGAAAAGGGGAAAGCAAAAGCGACAUCAGCAGCAGCCGAACCCGCCUCACCGCAGAACCAAGUGGAGCAGCUUCCAGCCGCCGCUGGACACAGCACCCCGGCCAGGAAAGAACAGGAGCAGCAGGAAGAGGAUCUGGUAUCCCACAGGUCAUCCACCAGUCGUCUGUCUAGAUCUCCUUUGAGAGGAGUCAAGAAGGUGAAGAUCAUGCAGUGUAAAGUCACUCUGCUGGAUGGCUCUGACUACACACUCAAUGUGGAGAAACGAGCCAAGGGCCAGUUACUCUUUGAUAAAGUGUGUGAUCAUCUCAACCUACUAGAGAAGGAUUACUUUGGCAUCACAUACAGAGAUGUAGAGAAUCAGAAGAAUUGGCUGGAUCCUUCCAAAGACCUGAAGAAGCAGAUCAGAACUGGACCCUGGAACUUUGCAUUCAAUGUAAAGUUUUACCCACCAGACCCCUCACAACUGACUGAGGAUAUCACAAGGUACUACCUGUGUUUGCAGCUGAGAGAUGAUGUAGUUUCAGGCCGCCUGCCCUGCUCCUUUGCCACCCACACAGUGCUGGGCUCAUACACAGCACAGUCUGAACUCGGAGACUAUGACUCAGAGGAACUCGGCAGCGACUACCUCAGUGAACUACGCUUCGCACCCAACCAGACCAAAGAGCUAGAGGAGAAGGUCAUGGAACUCCACAAGACUUACAAGGGGAUGUCACCAGCUGAAGCCGAGAUGCACUUCUUGGAAAAUGCCAAGAAGUUGUCCAUGUACGGCGUGGACCUCCACCACGCUAAGUUGGUAGGGAAUCUCUAUGAAUGCUUGGCUCCAGCUGAGGGAGAGGACUCUGAGGGUGUGGAGAUUAUGCUGGGAGUUUGUGCGAGUGGCCUACUCAUCUACAGAGACAGGCUGCGGAUCAACAGAUUCGCCUGGCCCAAAAUCCUCAAAAUCUCCUACAAGAGGAAUAACUUCUACAUCAAAAUCCGGCCUGGCGAGUUUGAGCAGUUUGAGAGCACAAUUGGUUUCAAGCUUCCAAAUCAUCGUGCUGCCAAAAGGCUCUGGAAGGUCUGUGUGGAACACCAUACCUUCUUCAGGCUCGUAUCCCCCGAGGGACCCCCAAAGAAGUUCCUGACUCUCGGCUCCAAAUUUCGCUACAGCGGCAGAACGCAGGCUCAGACGCGCAGGGCCAGCUCUCAGAUCAUCAGACCUGCCCCAUUCUUUGAGCGCACCUCUAGCAAACGCUACAACAUGUCCCGCAGCUUAGAUGGAGCUCCCAUUAUGGAGAACCAUGAGACCCUGAUGAAGGACAACGCAGCUGACGGGGCAGCCAAAGUCAUUGCCAAGGAAGACAUUAUCACCACUAUAACAACAGAAAAGAAGGCAGAGGAAGAGAAGGCUGAGCAGGGCGAUGCUAAGGACAACGCAGCAGAGACACCAGAACCUGCUGCCACAUCGCCACUCAGACAAGACACAAAGUGCCGCCCUCAUGCAUACACGUCCGACCCCCUCCGUUCUGAGCUCUCACUCCCCUCAUCUCCCGUUUCAUCAACUAAAGUACGGCGCAGGCGCAGGGAGAACGCCCGCAAGCGGGCCUCGUCAGUCAGUCCAGAAAAGAGCAGUACCGGGUGCCGCCGGCGGCAAGCCCGCGCCGACCGUAAAGCCGCCCUGCUGGAGGAGCAGGCACUGCUUUUGUCAGCUCGCAAGCAGAGGCUGGAGCAGGGCAAGAGCCGUGGUGGCACACUCUUCUCCUUCUCCCUGCACCUGCCUGACCUGUCAUCCAUCUUAGAUGAAGAUGGCUACAUCACCUUCCCUGACCUGUCAGAGAUGCGCUUUCUCCCUGAGUGUGCGCAGAACUUCCUCCCCAUUAAGUCACCAUCACUCAUCCCCUGCUUCCUCUUCAUCUUCUUCUUCCUGCUCUCCACUUCCUUCUCCGUGCCCUAUGCCCUUACCCUCUCCUUCCCGCUGGCGCUGUGCCUCUGCUACCUGGAGCCCAAGGCAGCCUCCUUGACCGCCUCCCUAGCCCAGAGUUACCAUGACCAUGACAGUUCAGAGGAAGAGACCGACAGCGAACAAACUGAUUUUGCCUUUGAUGGAGAGAUGACUGCUACAGAGUCUGAAGCAGAUGAGGACUCUGAGAUGCGGACUCAGUAUAGUUUCAUAAGACGAGUAAAAGGGGAAAACGUUUUUAUCAGGCAUAGUAAUCUGAUGCUAGAGGACGCAGAGCCUCCGGCGGAGGUCGUCAAGCACCAGACCAACAUCAGCGAACUGAAGCGUUCCUUCCUGGAGACCGGCGGAAACGGCAGCACGCUGGGUCUGACCGAGUGGGAGAAGAGACUCUCCUCGUCCCCUGUGCGCUCACCCAGAUCGGAUGAGGCGCCAAUGAUAGAGCCGCUGGAGCUGGAUACUAAAGAAGAGCAGCCAGCAGCAGAUGAGACAGAGGAGAAGCUGGAACCUAAAAUCACUGAGGCAACAGGAUAUCUAGUGAAAUAUGUGGUGGAUAGUAUCACAACUGAGGGGCCCACCUCCUCCGGCCCUCAUGGGAUUAGUCUGUCAACCACUAUGGACGACGAUGUCUUUAUGGAUGGGACCCUGAGGGAAGUAGAGGAGAAAACCCCCGACUCCCAGGACGAAGUGUCAGAGAGGUCUGUGGUGAAGGUCAGCCCCGGAGCUGUGAGACAAGAAGUGUCCCAAGCUAUCAGUGACAAGAAAGGGAUGCUAAUUAUCCUGAAGGAGGCAGAGGAUAAAUCAGACAUGGAGGACAAAGAGACAAGUGCUUUGGUUGAAAAAGAGGAGCCUUCUGUCCCUGGAGAGUUUGAAGCUAAGGAGCAUAAAAUGCUGACUGCCUCUAAGGAGGAGGAAGAAACUCCCAAAGCAGACACUUCUCAAGCUCAAACUACAGCAGUCAAGAUGCUGAGUGCAAAGGUGGAGAUAAAAACAGACAGCAUGACUCAGAUUAAAGGUAUUGACUCGCCUAAGAAGGCCAUGGCAUCAUGGAUUUCUGAGGAGGUGAAGACAAAGGCUCCAGAGGUCAGCAGUGUGUUGGCAAAGGAAGUAAAAGAUAUGACGACUUUUGAUGGAUUACAGGAGAGAGCAGAAAUCUUCACUUUCAAAGAAGUCCAGUCCGAGCAGUCGAAGUCCAGCCUGACUCAGAUUACAGUUUCUGAAUCUUCAACUACAUCUUUAGCCAUGUCUACGCUGGAAUGUCUUUACUCCUCUCAAAAGGGCCCAGCUGAUCAGGAGGAGAAGACGGUCACAGAGACAGAAGCAGUGCCAGAAAAGUCUGCAGGGCCAACGACUCCCGACAAUACGGCAGUGGCUACCAAAGACAUGCCUGUGAUCCACACAGAGACUAAAACGAUCACCUAUGAAGCUGCAGAGGUUGAUGCUAAUGGGGAUGCAGACCCUGGGGUGUUGCUGAGUGCUCAGACCAUAACCUCAGAAACCACGAGCACCACGACAACCACACACAUCACAAAGACGGUGAAAGGAGGAAUAUCGGAGACAAGAAUUGAGAAGAGGAUUGUUAUCACCGGAGACGCAGACAUCGACCAUGAUGAGGCUCUGGCUCAGGCCAUAAAGGAGGCUAAAGAACAGCACCCUGACAUGUCAGUGACCAAAGUAGUGGUACAUAAAGAAACAGAGAUCACGCCAGAGGAGGGGGAGGACUGAACCAGGAAUAACACUGAGGGCUUUUUUUCUGUCCACCCUCCCAGAAUCCAACAUCCAGAACUCCACAUAUUACGUCGGGACUCUCUAAAGACUAGAAAGGCUCCUACUCUCCAAGUGCUGCAGCUUGCCACCAGUCGCAACCAUCAACUGCAAAACAACUAAAUGCAUUUUGCAUGAGAAGGACGCAACAUUGCAUUAUCAAACAAAACCGCAAGAUUAAACAGAAAAACCAUAUGAUUCUCCGAAUGGUUCCUCGAUCCAUCUGCACGCCAAAUCCCUGUGUGCAGCAAGCAAACCUUUUGCUCUCACUGCCUUAUGACUUUGAUGCAUUUUUAUGAUUGAGAAUAAUUAUUGUAGCAACGUUUUAUUUAUGAAAUAAAGCCAUCACUCCAGAAACUUAAAAUUGCUGUAGGCUGUAUAUGUUAGAGAGCAUACACUAUUUAACCUCGCAGUAGAAGUGCCAACUUUAUUUGCAAGCAAGCAUUGCCUCAUUCCCUCAAAUAGCUCCAUGGUUAUCCAGCAGGUAUGUCACUACAGGAAAAAAACUACAGCGAAGUAACUGUACAUAUCAAAGCUUUCCUAGGAAAAUAGCAAAUUAUCUUUCACAGUUGAUUUUCAUCACGUCUACUUGAAUCACAUUUUCCUUUAUCAUCAUUUCAGCGCUUCAUUGUUUCUCAUUGAUUGCCCCACUUCAAGGUUUAUAGAGACUGACUGUCCUGGCAAAAAGUGAAGGGAUCACAGGUUUCUGGGCAAGAAAUAGGAUUUUUUAUGUGCCUGUGCAGGCUUUGAAUUUAUUUUUUUUUCCUCCAGGGUAGAAGGUCGGCUGCAGCACAAGUCCCAGGUUUGUGACUGUGAGGCAAAGGGCUCAGACUGCCGAGCUCUCCCCAAACUAUAGGUGCAUAGCCGAGAGAGAUCUGUAAUCCCCCUCCCCUCCACUUCAGCCCAUUGUGAACAUGUCAGCUGUGUGCCCCCCCCCCCAUCCAUUCAAAUAUAUCCAGAUCCAAACUGAGUAUUGUUGAUGUACAGCCGUGUUUUCCUCAAAAAGGUGCAACAAAAGUGGCAAGUGCAUUUGUUUUUGUUUCAUUUUUUUUUUUUAUUUGCUGGUCUCUUCUAAAAUAAUAAAAACCACCACAGAACUGAAA